UCGGGUCUGAUGGCUGACAAGGCCACUGGAACCAGCGACGGACACGAAGAGGGGGACAAGAUCGGAAAAGAAGCCUCCAAGGUCGAUGGCGACGACGGCCGCGGGGGAUGGCUCCAACUGAGCAUCGGAGGCGGCCGUCGCUCCAACUAUCCCAAACUACAAGAUCCUUCGCCGGUGCUGGAUCCGUCAAGUAGCAACGGUAGGAACAAGGGCGAUCCACCGGAGUUCCACUUGUUCUGCCGCAGACCCUCCGAGCCACCUCCGGCCUUGGCGCCGCCGCUGUUCCCUGCGAUCAUGGGAGGGUACUGCCACCAAUGGCCGGAGUAUCCAAGCCCAAGCUCCACGGCGAGAACAUUCACCCCGUCGAGCAGCAGCCGGGGCCAGUUCGUGUGCCCAUCGGCUAGGUUCAGCUCGCCGCUGCGGCUCGACGGGGAGAUGAGGGUGGUGAGCCAGCCACGUCGGCCGCAGACGGGCAUGUGGCUCGUUCUCCAAGCAGCACAAGACCAGGUAAAGGAGCCUUUCCUGCCUCAGAUACCCAAGAGCUACUUGAGGAUCAAGGAUGGAAGGAUGACAAUUAGGCUGUUGAUGAGGUACUUGGCUAGUAAGCUUGGGUUGGAGGAUGACUCACAGGUGGAGAUUACUUGUCGAGGCCAGCAGCUUUCUCCUUUCUUGACACUAAUAUAUGUUCGGGACAACAUCUGGUGUUCACCGGAAGCAGUGGAGCUGCACACAGACACAUCUAGCACCAAAUAUGUCAUGAACCUCCUUUACAGAAGCAGAGGCAGAUGCAGAUAGAAUGAAUCCUUGCCCUGCUUAAUCGCCGAAUUGAAGUUUUUUUUUUCCUCGAAUGUUGUCUUCAAUGUGUUAUGUCUCUUCACUUAUCAAGCUCCCGGGAAAAAGAAAAAUGGAACUAUGAUCCCAAUCACUAGACCAGAUCAACAUGAUGUUAUAAACCAUAGGUGUAGUGUACUUGGUGCCAAUUCGCUUGAUUUUUUUUCUUCCCUUUCUGGUUCACUAAUUCAAG